GGCAUACUGACUUGUGGCUAAAAAUAGGAUGACAGUAUUAAAAAUAAAGUGCCAAUUGUUAGCAUCUGUGUUUAGAAUGAAUAUUGGCAGAGGUUUUUACUAUUUAUACAAAAAAAAUAUUCAUAAUUUUACAAAAAAACCCACUAAAAUGAUAAUAGUUUUCUUAUCUAUUGUCACGCGACCCAAAACGCUAGGGAUUGGCGGAGCCUAAAAUGACGUCACACGCAAGUAAACUUCCGGUUAAAGUGACAUUACAUUGUAUCAUUUGACGUUUUAAUAACAGUCGUGUGACGUCACACACUAGUAAGACGCCAUAUUGUCCAGAGAAAUCUUUUCGCGGCAACUUGAAAAUGGAGUUUUUAAUUUGGUUAUUUUUACUGAAAUACACAACAGAAUGAUGAAUAUCCACUUUUUACGGACUCCAUAAACGUUAGUCAAUAACGUGAGAUCGUUUUCUAAAACUUGUCAAAUACCCUGUUUCGCUGUAGACGAUUUCCUCCUCGAAAAUCAGAUUUAUGUAAAAUAAAUUUUACUCAUACAAUAAUAUGUAGUUAUACUAUGCCUGUAUGUUUUCCUUUUUUUAUUCAAUCACCACACUAGACGUCUUAAGUGGUGAUGAAAAUUUAAUUAUUUUUAUAUUGUUUUAAACUUUCAUGGUCACUAACAUUAUAGCUAUUAACGGGAUUGUUACCAUCUAUAAUGUUAUUUAAUUUUGUCAUUUUUGAGGGCUUUUUCUUUUUGAAUUUCUUUGAAACACAAGUUAUCGAAAAAAUAAGACAUUGAAGCAUAGAAUGAGUAAAAUUAUUUCAUGUAUGACAAUCAAUUCUUUAGUGAUGAAAAUCUAGGAGGAAUCAGGUGAGAACGCUUGAGUGGAAAAAACACUGCCCGCCUCCCCUCUUAAAUACCUACACAUUGAUUUUAAAUACUGGCGAGUUUAUAUUGUAAUAAUAUUUUGCUGCAUCAUUCUAAUCAAAUCGACGAGAACAAAGUGAUUUGAUGACUAAUUAACUGUCGCACUAUCCCUAAAUAGGAUGCUUUGUUCGCUCACGUGUUCCCUCCUUGCAACCCAAAGUCGUGCGGGAGUUCUUAAAAGGAGGCGCGAAUUGCUCAACGGCAAGAUAGGCAGACACCGCACCCGUAGGAUAAGAGUGCGAAGACCCGGUCUACACACGACACGCUAUACCUGGGCGUUUUUCCCCGCCCCCCACGCCAACGGCUAACUAGAGCCGAGGUCCGAGUCUCAAGACGCCCUCUAGUUGAGCCAACCCGCUCAGAUUCGAGUGGUCUAGAGGCUCCAGACGGAGAGGAGGCUCCCCCAGUGGGGAGAUGCCAUCCGCCUGGAAUACCUCUAGAGGCACUCGCCAAUUCUCGGCUUGAGGUCCCCCCCUUAGGAUCGCCCCCCCCAAACCCGGUGACGCUGUAAAGGUCAUCUGCGACCAACAGCAUACACACUCAAAAAAAAACCACGGCAAGUCAUCGGGGUGGUGCCGGCAACGGACAAGCACCGGCGGUCGCGUUGACAGUCCGUAAUGGGUUACCAUACAAUGCCCGCCCUACUGACACACAUGUGAGGGACCUCAGUCCUCGGGAAGCAUAAUAUCACCGAGCCGGUAAGCUGGAUGAAAUGAGAUGGGAGGAGUGCAGAGAUACCUGCGUUGCGCUUCUCCAACUGUGCGCAGAAAGCGUAACGCAUUUUCCAGACAUUAAAAAAGCCAAAACUGCUGCAUCAGCUAUAUCUCAUCAUCAUCAUCUAAUCUCGCCUGAAUUCCACCGUCAUUCAAUACCGGGCUAUCGGUUCUGCUAUGUUAAAGUAUCUAAUAAUCGGGUAACAUUAGAAUUUCAGUAGUUUUGAGUUUUGAAACAGUUGUUGUUACAACACAAACAUAUUUACCCACCCAUUUGGUGUUAUCUAACAUGCAUUAGAUAAUUUAUCUUUUUGUAACAAGAACUGGGUCGAAAAGAAAUAAUGGAAACACAAGAUACAUCCAUCAGCUUAGUAGAAUCGAUACCCAGAUGGGGUGGUGUCAUUUGCUUCAUUCGACCUUUAAGUAAACAAAAUACUUUGCAUCCUUCACACACGCCAUUAUAUAGAUACUUGCAAUUGGAAUUGAAACCCAAGCUUGCUGAUAAAUUGUUGUAAAUUUUCUUUAUCUGGUCGCCACACUUAUCAACCAUGCGUCGCCCACAGCUGAGUAGUGGUGAGGAAAGGCCUCCCCCAAAGAUCUCCACACUUAUCGGUCCUUUUUUAUGUCUGGAAAAUGCAUGAAGUACUCCUGGUUAAAUUCUGGAUAUCUGAGACUGCUCCCGCUCAUUUCGUCCAGCUCACGGGAAAGUGCAGCAAUGUGCAGCAAAUAAGCCAUUCAUUCUAAAACCACAGAUAAUACUCAUGCAUCGGUGACUCAACACGUGCUCUAGGUCCAUGCUAGGUCCCCGAAAUGCGUACAGAGAGUGUGGGUGUGGUCGUGGCUCCCUAUAAGGCGCUUUGCAGACGACGGGGCGGGGCGGGCCGGCAAUUUCGCCGCGAACGAUAGUACAAAGUGAAUCCUAUACUACAAACGCACACAGAGGGCAAAAAGACCGCGCCGCAGGUGCCGUAGAUCAUACAAACCAGUUUAUAUGCAGUAACGCAGACGGCGGCGCGGGGCGGCUAGCUCAGUCCGCGCCACGCGCUUUUUAGUGAUGGUCUAUUCACUAGAACGUCCUGAACUGACUGCCUCUGCCCGUCGUGUGCUUUGUGCAGACAUCGACGGACAGACGCGGUUUUUAUUGCUUCGCGGACAAAAAGCUCGCCCCGCCCCGUCGUCUGCAAAGCGCCUAAAGACUGGCCUCGCACCCGCCAGUAAUUGUCCGCCGGCGGACCCACUCCGGCAAGUGUUCUGAACAGUUAUUCUCUCUUAUCCCACCUUCCCCAUACUUCCAGAAGAACAAAGAAAUUUCGUGAUUUGUUUAUUUGUCGCAAUAUUCUCAAAUUUAAUCUGUCCGCUCAUGUGUUCCCUCCCUCUUACAACCCGGGAUCCUUUAAGAGACGUGAAGAAGUAACAUGCAGGCGAGCAGGGUGAGGAUGGUUGGUGUGGCAGAUAGAACUGCUGUACCAGCUAUCUUCGCGUCUGGAUUCCACCGUCCCCUAAAAUCAUGUGGAUGGAGUCAUGUGUCGAACCUAUCUAUAUAAAAAAGACGUUCCGGAGUAUUAGUGGCCAUCUUCAUCCUGGGAGCUUGUGCAAUGCAAGCCUGACAGAAGGAUACCCAUAAUGCGACAUUAACGAAAGCUGUGGUCUAGUUAUAUUAAUUGAUUUCUCGCUCAGCGUUAAUCCUAGAAGUAGGAGAGGUGUACUUACCCAAGCUGGUGGAUGCCUGUCCACAGUCCAGAGACACAUCUUGGUAACACGCGUCUGCAGCCAACGCGCCUGUAGCGGCCAGGAGGCACAUCACUGUACUCAGUAACACCUUCAUUGUUCUAUUGGACAAAAUGAAAUAAAUUAAGUUUCUAUGUCUUGAAUACUGGUUUAAUCUGAUUAUCAAUGUUGUGUGUGAUCAUGACAAGCCCAAGUGGGGAUUUUGGGAUGUACUUGAGCGUGGCAGAUAAACUUAAGGGCGGCAACUUUGCAUUUUGUGAAGUUUUCCCACUAUAUUUGAGCCCUUCAUAAAGAGUUGAACGUGCACAGCCGCAAAAUUAUUUCAACAAUAGUUACUUUUGGUCGCGUCCAAAUCGACAGGCUUUUGAAUAGGCGGUACGAGAGGGACGUAACUUUUCUUGUGAUGUGCACUAUCUUACUUUUGGUCGCGUCCAAAUCGACAGGCUUUUGAAUAGGCGGUACGAGAGGGACGAACUUUUCUUAUGAUGUGCACAAUCUAUCUAUAUAUAUAUAUUGUGCAGUUAUCACCACAUGACACAACAAAAAAAUAUCCCAUAUUUCAGCAAUAUAGGCUAAACUACCUUGGUAACAUGUUGAUUUGAUAUUAAUCAACAAUCUAAUGUAUGAACAUCGUAUUUUAUAAUAAUCAUAAAAUUAAAUCUAAUAAGCUUUCAGAUACAAUAUGUUUCAUGUCUUGAUAACAUACUGUUGUAAGAUAAAAAGAUUAAAGUAAUAUCAACAAUCACUCAAUCUUAUUGAUUAUAAUAGAACAUUAUUAUAUAUCUGCUUAUUUUAAAUUAUCUAUACUAUUAUAUAAAGAGACAAAAAGGAUACACUGACAGACUGACUGACUGACUCAUCAACGAACAGCCUAUUAUUGCCUAGACAAGUAAUAAGAUGUUUUUUUUAAAAUUCAGCCUCUUAAGCAUGAAAGUUGCAAAAAAACAUUUGUUCGUAAAAUCUUAUCCUUAAGACAAACUGCAAAUUUUGCAUUCGGAGGAUUGGAUAUAUUUUGCCUUUCUUACAAUCAAUUUAAAAAUGAAUGUUAUAAGGUCGAUUUACCCUUUUUUUUGUGUCUGGAAAAUGCCUUACGAGUCCUUCAACCACUGGGGGAGCGAGAAGAAGGUAUGUGGGACUCCUCCCUGUCCCCUUCAGCCAGCCCUGGAGCUCGCUGAUGUGAACAGGGCCCUACCUACGCCCUGAACAGGGCCACUAAAAACCAGAUAAUACUCCUGCACCGUCACUGGACACUCACUAUGAGAACCGCGGACCCCCUAGUCCAUGCCGAGAGACCCGUCUCCGAAUGGCCGCGCGAGGUCGUUUUACCCUAACACUUAGUAAUUGUUUUCUGACCAUAAAUUUUGAUUAUCAUGUUUAUUCUAUUCACAUAACUCUAAAUAUUGUACGUAAUUUUAAGUAAAUUAUGUAAGUGUAUGAAUUUUUCAGUCUGAGGAAACUUAACUGGUUUAUGAAAAAGUAAUAAGUGUUACUUAAUUGAAUUGUGUAAAACCGUAUGUUUCCCAAAUGAAAAUAAAUAAAUAUUAUUUAGUAGAUGUACACUAAAGGGGCCCAUAUACGGAACGAUUUAUCUGUACGAUCCGUCGUUUCAGACCGAUCGAAACGAUGGAUCGACAGUGUAUGUUAACGAUUUACUUAAUCGAAGACGAUAUCACAAAUCGCAACCAAAUCCCAUGCAAUCAUGAAUAUCGUAAACAAUCGAUCGACAGUGUUUCGUGUAUAGUAUAGUAGCAUUUCUGAACGAUCGAUCGUUGACGAUUUCCUUCAGAUCGAUCGCAACGACGAAUCGUUCCGUAUAUGGGGCCCUUAAGCCUGUUACAUAACAUUUUUAGAACUACCCUAAAAAAAUACAAAAUUUCGUGCCAAAGUUUUCAAAUAUGGGAGAUCAUCCAAAAGUGCGUAGGAUUGAUUAAAAUCAUUCAUCAUCACAUCUGUAUUCAUUUUUCAAAACUACCCUCAUAAAAUGUAAUAGUGCCCGUCAACGAGCGCCUGCACUUUUGGUCGUAGAGACAUGAUAUUUGUUGUGAGGUGGUUAUUAUUAGCUAUGCAUUCUUAAAAAAGCUUUAGUUUUAAAUAAAUAGCAAAGCAUCACAAACUUAAAUUGUUACUAAUAUAACAAUAUUUUGAGGUGACUAUUUUGCUGUGCAAUAAGUAUUUUUGCUUAGGAUUGGGAAUAAUUUUUUAUCCAAAAUGUAAGUUUUUUGAUUUGCAGUUAAAUACUAGCCUCUAUUUUAACUAGCUACAGCCCCUGUUUUAACCUGCGAAGUUCCCGUUCCCUUGGGAAUUCCGGGAUAAAAAGAUAUUCUUUUAUUAUAUACUGAUUCAUUGUUUCCUUAGUAUUUAAUACUCCCAUGUGAAGCCGGGACGGAUCGCUACUUAAAAAAUAAUGUACAAAUUUUAAAACUUGUGAGAAGUUUUAAUUCUCCCAUGAUUCUCUAAUAGUAACAUGAUCCAAUGAAUACCAGACCUUACGUAUUCUCUCAUGGCUUGUGUUUAAUGCUUUUGUCAUUAAAAGUGUCUGGCAAUAAAAUCUGCUGACAGAAUGUGUCUGGCAGUAUUAAUUUCAAAUUAAUUGUUUUGUCUUCAGACCAUAAGUAACCAUGCCACCUGAUACCUGAAAUUGGGCGACAGCGCUAAUUAGCAAGUAUGUAUACGUUCAUUGUGCAUUGUGCACUCUAAUACUACUCAAUUCUCCAUAUUUUGUCCAUAAGAAAAUAAGUUAGGUCUGGCAGUCUUGGGAACUUACUCUAUAAGCCUAAACUUAAAUUUGACAAUGCUGUUAUUCUGUAUAGAGAGUAAAAGGGAGAUUGAUGUUAAAUUUAGUUUUUUAAUUUAGAGAAUAAUGCUGAUAGGGCACCAUUUCCUACCCAUAUUUUUAAACACAGCACAUAAAGAAUUGCUAGUCUUCAAAGUAUCCAGAGAAUGUGUCAACAACACUGAUCUAAAUAACUUCUAGAAACAUUCCUCACAACAACAAUAUAAAUUUACUGAUAUUAUGUCUGUCUAGUCUCCUGUAAGGAUUCAGAAUAUAACUGCCAUCAACAACAUUUUACUUUUCAUCUUUCAAACUCUGAAAAAAUGUUCCACUGAAACUUGAAUCUAAAUAGAAUUACAUAAAAAAAUAGUAGGCAAAUCUACAAGACUGACAAUGAAUUAUGAAUUGAUCAUAACAAAAAUAUAUUGAAGUGUGACUUUGGCAAAAAGUUAUGUUUAUCUUUUGUUUUGCUACUGCUAAAAAAGAAUCUUUUGUUUUUGCCAAAAACAAAAGAUACACUUAAGUUAGUAUACAGUACAAGAUUUGUUGAUGUUCUAAAAUUGAAUUAUUUUAUAGUUUUUAAUACAAUAUUAGUAACUUUUUAAUUCAUGUUUUAAGGCCGUAGUUUUCACCAUUUCGGCCUAAUAUUAAUUACUAAGCUGCUAGAGGUCAAUCAACAAAAGGUAGGUAGAUGAAUACCUAACAAUAAUGUUGAUAAGAAAUAUUUUUAAUGACAAUAGGUAAUAAAUUACUUUAUUCAAUUUGAUGAUUUCAGUGCCACUACCACUUCAAUCAUGGCAACCUAUUAUGCUUUUUUUUUUAAUUUCUAGAACCAACACUAAAUAAACAUAAUAUUAGGAAAAAGGUUACACUUUGGAGGAAGAAACUUAAGUAUUUACAAUAACUGUUAAGUAGCUCUCAUAGCUAGUACCUAAUACAAAUAAAUUUACAGUGGACAGAUACUCAACUAUAGAUACAAAGAAAGGCUACUCACCAAACUGCGAUGUAACUUUGUGACGAACAAGAAAAAAAUUAACAGCGAAAGACCGUCAGAAGAGACACCUUUACACACACUGGCGCAGAAGGCGACUUCCAACAACCCGUAAACGUCUGUUGUGCGACUGAUAAUCGGCCCCAGCAGUGCUAGGAAAACAGAAGUUCAAUAGUGUUUUAUCCGCGUAACGAUUGACACACAGUUCGUCUCGUAUUAUACUAUUUUAUCGCAAAUCAUCUGUUUCCAGACAUCAAGAGUGAAGUUUGUUUUUAAACAUCGGUGUUGCUGAGUACAAAAACAUAAUUACCUUGAUAGGUUCCGGAGAGAGGUAUUUAAACAGUUUUCUUUAUCACAAUAGAUUUUUUUAAAAUUGGAUUCACCAAAAUUAUAGCUGUAAUUAGUAAUUGAAACUUAUUUUUCUCAGUUUCCCUUGUGAUCACUUUACUUCGUUGUCCUCAAAUGCUGGUAAAUCUAAAAACUGGUAUCACAAUUACCCGCCCCCUUCUGCUGUAUCCCCUCUCUCCUACCCCGCUAUGACCCAUUCUGUGACGUCAGAAGUUGUCAUACAUGGAAAGUAGAGGUUUUGUGUUUCAAGAAAUUGCCGAUAAUUUCGUCAUAUUUACUUUAUUCAGCAAAAAUAUUACUUAAUUACACAACAUUGUCGUAUAAAAGUACUCUAAUAAAGUUGAUCCUACAAAUUAGGUUCUAAAUACUGAAAAAAGAGUAGGAAAAAUCCAUCUUGCCGGCCUUGAAACUCAAAACCUCGGCGAGGUUUUUCGUUCCAAGUACUAUUUGUUUCCAUCUCGCUCACUCAUGUCAUUCUCUGGGAACAUUUUGUCAACACGAGAUGGUUUUGUUAUCGAUGCGUAAUUCAUUAUUUUUGUACAAUCAAAGCUAUCAGCGCGAAUAAGUCGUCUUUGUUAUAAUUUGAAUAGUUCAGAGUCGCCUUCUGCGCCAGUGUGUGUAAAGGCUUGACUUUCGCGAGUACCCUGUUCCAGAAGUCCUUUGUCAAAUAAAUAAAAUAAUUUCGUCAAAGUAUCUGUGAUUUAAUUUAUAGAAUAACAAUGAAGAUCCUGCUUGCUGUUGCUGCCUUCUUGGCUGUCUGCGCAUCAUCUCUAGCUACACAAUGCCACGUAAAUCCUGUGAACAUCCCGAAGGAAUGGAUCACAAUUCAUAGACCAUGCCGCGACUCCAUGCGCCGCCAGAUUCAGAUGGAAGUGGCGGCUUCGCUCCAAUACUUGGCCAUGGGUGCUCACUUCUCUAAAGACUCGGUGAACAGGCCAGGUUUCGCCAAGAUGUUCUUCGAGGCCGGUUCUGAGGAAAGAGAGCACGCGAUGAAGCUGAUCGAAUACCUCCUCAUGAGGGGAGAACUCACCUCCGACGUCACCUCCCUUAUCACCAUCAGGCCCCCGGAGCGCAAGACUUGGGAUAACGGCGUAGAAGCCCUAGAACACGCCUUGAAGAUGGAGUCUGACGUCACCAAGAGCAUCCGUACCGUCAUCCAGGCUUGCGAAGAUGACAGCGAAUUCAACGAUUACCAUCUUGUCGACUACUUGACCGGUGAAUUCUUGGAAGAGCAAUACAAGGGACAACGCGACAUCGCCGGCAAGGCCUCAACUCUCAAGAAAAUGCUGGACCGCCAUUCGUCCCUUGGCGAAUUCAUAUUCGACAAGAAACUCAUGGGUAUCGAUGUUUAAACAGGCCAUUAAAUGUAGUAAUAAAAAAUAUAUCCUAAUUAAAAUUCCCGCCCUUUUCUGGCACUGAAUUUUUCGUGAUCGUAUUUUUAGUUGCCAGCUUAAAAUUAAAAAACAAAACAAUGGUGUCGAUUCUGGCAGGAUUCUCUAAACUUAAAACUAAAUUUAACAUCAGUCUGUCUUUUUUUUAUUCUGUAUAGAGAAUGACAAAGAUACACUGUUGUCAAAUUUAAGUUUAGCUUUAGAAAAUCAUGCCAGAAUCGACAUUUUUGUCUGUAUUAAAAUAUGUUAAAGUGAAAAGUUACAAAUAUUUCAAUUAGUAAUGUUACUUAUUGGAGAAAUUCAUAUUGUAUCCAUUAUGUAAGUAGUAUUGUACAAAAAUAGACUUAAGGAUAGUAUAAAAUAAAUAGUAUACUCCACUAAACAUCAUUUUUAACAGUCAAUUCGAUUAUUAAGUUAUGUGAUAUACUCCAUUUUUCCCCUCUGUUUUUGUAUUUUUUUCAAUAUUUCAGUUAAAAUUGUAUUUAAAUGUUUAUUCCACUUUUCUUACAAUAAAAAUUAUCCAUCAUAUAAG